AUGCCGCCGUCUGUGGGUGACAUCGAGCGUGCUGAACGAUCUUUAAAGCGUAGCAUUGUUAAAAGAGAUUGCACUGUUGAACAGUUUAGAACACUCAUGAAAUUAAGUGAGAACAUUGAAUCUGAUUCCGAUCAAAAGACGCUUUUUCGGGUCCGAUUUGGUGACCUCGACAGCCUGUUAGCCAAUUUCCAUACCGAUCAGGACGAUAUYCUUGACCAAUUAAUUAUCCUAUCGCGCGAGGAAGAAUUUGUCAAGUCACAUGCGUCUAUUGAAGCAAUUAUAUUGGACAAUUUUUAUAAGGUGCGAGCUGUUGCAGCUAACCAUCACUUAGAUGCUGAUCGAAGUGUUCAAAAUGUCUCGUCACGGAGCACACGUAGCAAUAUUCAAUUACCGAAAAUUCUAUUGCCACAAUUUAAUGGUGAUCUCCAGCAAUGGUGUUCUUACCGUGACACGUUCACGUCUUUAGUUCAUGAAAACGAUGAAUUGUCUGACAUAGAAAGAUUUCAUUAUCUGUUAUCAUCUUUAUCGGGUCAGGCAUUACCUAUUGUACGUUCGAUACCCUUCACGGAGGUCAAUUAUAUGGUUGCAUGGGAGGCAUUGCAUACUCGUUUUGACAACAAACGAUUAUUAGUAAAUUAUCAUCUGGACGCUAUGUUUGCCUUUUGUCCGCUCACCAGUGAAUCAGUAUCAGGUUUAAAACGGUUUUUAGACACUUUCCAACAGAACAUUUCCGCUAUAAAGRCACUAGGCGUUAACGAUUUGGCUGGUUUCUUACUAUUUUACAUAGCAUCUCGGUGUCUAGAUGCGCAGUCAAAACGUUUGUUUGAAGCGGAGCAACAUACUAAUGAGACUCCGACUAUUGAUAUUUUAUUAAAGUUUGUCAACAAUCGAUGCAAAAUAUUACAAAAUUCUACAUCGACAUGUUUACCUAAACAAACGGAAUCGAAUAAAAAAUUACACCAUAAAUCUUCAUUGUUCACGUCCAACAUUCCUGACCAAGGACAACAAAAAUCUUGUACCAUGUGUAAAGAUUCUCAUUUCUUAUUUCAAUGCUCUAAAUUUAGUUCUCUACCAGUCCAACAGCGAUUCAAAGCAGCACAGUCGCGUCGUCUUUGCAUGAACUGUUUGAGUGCUCAUCACAAAACAUCCACAUGUCAAUCAAAACACACGUGCCGCCAUUGUGCUCAAAAGCAUCAUACACUACUUCAUCUCGAUAAGUCAGUUGUAAAACCCAAAUCAAUUGAAUCGAGUCAGGAUAGUACAGUGUCCCMGUGUGUUGACAACACUUCGCCAGGGAAUUCAUCGAAUGACGAUGUCACCUUUUCAGGUACAACUUAUACCUCCAGUACCGUUGUUCUUGGCACAGCAAUCGUUCAUAUACGCAAUAGCUUGGGUAUGUGGUCACCUAUUCGUGUACUAAUCGAUUCGGGGUCACAAAUAUCGGUCAUUACGAACGCAUGUGUCACCAGAUUAGGCUUACCACGUCGACAAUGUAAACAUACAAUCGUGGGAUUGUCACAUACACCCGUACGCGAAACAAAGGGUAUAACUGCCUGUACAAUAAAACCAGAGCUUUCAAAUGCUCCCCUCAUCUCGUGYGAACCCGUAAUAAUGUCAAAAAUUACCGGGGCUAUGCCCACCGUAAAAUUAAACUCGUCUAUUCGAUUAAUUUAUAACGAUAUCCGUUUCGCUGAUCCACAGUUUGAUGUACCGGGUCCCAUCGAYUUUUUAUUAGGUGCUGAUAUACACAGUAUGAUCUUAAAGGACGGUGGUGGAGUUAUUCAUACGGACGGCAUACCAUCAGUGUACGAAACAYUGAUAGGAUGGAUUUUAUCGGGUACGUCCGUGAACAACAAUACAUCACAACUUACAUCMCUUAUGUUAACGACUGAACCGUCAAUUGACCAAUUGAUGCAAAGUUUUUGGAGUAUUGAAGAACCGUCUCCCCCUUCUGUACCGUUUACCGACGACGAUAUUUGCGAAGAAAUAUUCUCGCGUACGACGACACGUGAGGAAAAUGGUCAGUAUGUCGUUUCUUUUCCAUUUCGGGUAAACCCCGCGGAAUUGGGAGAUUCGUAUCACACGGCGCUUUCGCGCUUUUAUAAUUUGGAACGAAAACUUCAACGUGAUGCUAAUUUAUACGACGAAUAUCGGAAGUUUAUGGUUGAAUAUGAAGAGUUGGGGCAUAUGAAACCCGCAACAAGUAAAGGUACGUACUUCAUACCACAUCAUGCUGUGGUAAAGUAUACGGGUGACCAAUUAAAGUUAAGAGUGGUUUUCGAUGCGUCCGCGCACUCUACGUYACAAUUGUCACUCAAUGCCUUACUAUACACCGGACCCAAAUUACAGACGGAUAUUGCUGAACUAUUACUUCACAGUCGUCUCUACCCGUAUAUGUUCACAGCCGAUAUAUGUAAAAUGUAUCGGCAGAUUUUGAUUUCACAGCGCGAUCGUCAAUAUCAACAUAUAUUAUGGCGUGAUUCACCAUCGAAGUCGCUAUGUGAAUAUGAAUUGUGUACCGUGACAUACGGUGUGUCAGUAUCGCCAUACCAGGCUAUUCGCGUGUUACAUCAACUUGAGGUAGACAAUGGAMAACAAUAUCCCGCCGCAAAAAAUAUAUWSUCUACAAAAACCUAUGUUGAUGAUGUCAUCACUGGCGCCGAGUCUAUUUCAGAAUUAGUUCUCGUUCAAUCACAACUUCAAAAAUUAUUAGCUCACGGUGGAUUUGUGUUAAAAAAGUGGGCAAGUAACUGUGCGGAAGUUUUAAGGUCCAUUYCAGUUGAGGAUAGAACAAUAACAUUGUCAUUUGAUCCCAAAGAGGAAUCAUCAAUAAAAAUAUUAGGUCUACAUUGGGAACCCACGUCGGAUGUAUUUAGCUACCAUACUACUGCAUCAACAAAUAUGUACACUAAACGGUCAAUAUUGUCAACCAUAGCAAAACUGUACGACCCG